AUGAUAACCAAAUUCUACCAGCACAUCCUUGCCUUGGCAUUUGCGGUAAAAGUGAUAAAUGAGAAUCCCAACAUCUUGCCCAAUGUCACACUGGGCUUCCACAUCUAUGACAGCUAUUAUGAUGCAAGGAUGACCUAUCGUACCACUCUGGACCUGCUCUUUAAAAUGCAUAGAUUUGUUCCAAACUACAAAUGUGAUUCCCAUAAAAACCUCAUAGCCAUCAUUGGAGGACUUGGCUCUGAUACCUCCUUCCAUAUUGCUGACAUCCUAAACCUCUACAAGAUUCCACAGCUCCACUAUUUUCUGCACGGCAUUUUAUUUAACAACUCAGCAGGAGAAACAAUGUCCUUUAAUGAUAAAAGGGAAAUGAGAGGCGGAUUUGACAUCACAAACAUGAUCACCUUCCCAAACAAGUCCUUCCUUCAAAUGAAAGUUGGACGAGUUGAUCCUGAUGUUCUUGAAGGAGAAGCAUUCAUCAUUCAUGAAGAUAUGCUUGUGUGGCACAGAGGAUUUAAUCAGGUGAUUCCCCUUUCUCUGUGUAAUGACCACUGCCACCCUGGGAAUCAGAAGAAAAGGAAAGAAGGGGAAAAGUUUUGCUGCUAUGGUUGUGCUCCAUGUCCAGAAGGGGAAAUUUCAAACCAGGAUGAUAUGAAUGACUGCUACAGAUGCCCAGGAGAUCAGUUUCCAAACAAGAGCAAAACUGCCUGCAUUGAGAAAACCAUUACCUUCCUUUCUUAUGAAGAAACUUUAGGGAUCAGUUUAGCAUCAGUUGCACUUUCUUUCUUCCUCAUCACAGCUCUGGUGCUAGGAAUAUUCAUUAAAUACAGAGACACUCCCAUAGUCAAAGCCAACAACCGAGACCUCACCUACUCUCUCCUUGUCUCUCUCCUUCUCUGCUUCCUCUCUUCAUUGUUAUUUCUGGGUGAACCUAGCACAGUCUCCUGCCUCCUCCGGCAACCAACUUUUGGCAUCACCUUCUCAAUGGCUGUUUCUUGUGUGCUGGCCAAAACUAUCACUGUUGUUCUAGCUUUCAUGGCCACCAAGCCAGGAUCCAGCAUGAGGAAGUGGGUAGGGAAAAGACUGGCCUGCUCCAUUGUAAUGUCCUGUUCUUUUAUUCAAGCAAGUAUUUCUAUGGCAUGGUUGAUGACAUCUCCCCCAUUCCCUGAUUUGGACAUGCAAUCAUUAACAGAAGAAAUCAUUGUGCAAUGUAAUGAAGGGUCAGUCACCAUGUUUUAUUGUGUCCUGGGCUACAUGGGCCUGCUGGCUAUUGCCAGCUUCAUUGCUGCAUUUGUGGCCCGCAAGUUACCUGACAGUUUUAAUGAAGCCAAGUUCAUUACCUUCAGCAUGUUGCUCUUUUGCAGUGUUUGGCUGUCUUUUUUCCCAGCCUACCUGAGCACAAGUGGAAAAGGCAUGGUUGCUGUGGAGAUCUUCUCCAUCUUGUCCUCUGGUGGUGGGUUACUGUGUUGCAUCUUUGCCCCUAAAUGCUACAUCAUUAUUCUGAGACCCAAACUGAACAACAGGGAGCAACUUAUAAGAAGAAUUAAUUAA